GCCAAUGGCACAGGUUCUCUUUCGCGCCCAGAAACGAUUAUAAAUGAGGUAGCUUUGGGUGCCUGAACUCACUCAAACUAGAGCACGAGUUCUUGUCUACCUUGUCUAUCAUGUCUGGACGCGGGAAGCAGGGCGGCAAGGCGCGCGCCAAGGCCAAGACGCGCUCAUCGCGGGCCGGGCUGCAGUUCCCCGUGGGCCGCGUGCACCGCCUGCUCCGCAAGGGCAACUACGCCGAGCGGGUCGGGGCCGGUGCGCCAGUCUACUUGGCGGCUGUGCUGGAGUACCUGACGGCCGAGAUCCUGGAGCUGGCGGGCAACGCGGCGCGCGACAACAAGAAGACGCGCAUCAUCCCGCGCCACCUGCAGCUGGCCAUCCGCAACGACGAGGAGCUCAACAAACUGCUGGGCAAGGUGACCAUCGCGCAGGGCGGGGUGCUGCCUAACAUCCAGGCCGUGCUGCUGCCCAAGAAGACCGAGAGCCACCACAAGGCCAAGGGCAAGUGAAGUGGAAGACAGUCCUGACUUGUGUCUGUUUCAACUAAACCAAAGGCUCUUUUCAGAGCCACCUAUGUUUUUCUAAGAGGGCUUGCCUUUUCCCUAUUGUAGCAGCUACUUGAAAAUAACCCUUAUCUCAAUAGCUCAAUCAACCAAUAGGUAUCACUGGAUACCUCCAGAAACGCAAAAGUGACAACAAUGAAACAAGUGUGUACCAGGCAAAGCCACUGUGGGUUCUUUACAUAGGUAACUUAAGGCUAUCAAUCCUGUAAGCCCUCAGGGUUGGACCAAGAGAAACAUGAAAGGAAUAAUACUUGGUGAAAGAAAUAAAUACAAAUCUGGUUGGCAAAAGGGUAAUAAAAUGACAUUGGU